AUGACGGCAGUUCGAAAUGAACAGAACUCUUCGCCGUCACCUUGUCGUAUAAUCGUUCACUCCGAAGAAACCUUUCAAAACGAAACAGACGCACAGGGUGACCCCCUGACGGUCCUCGAGGAAAAGGAACAUGGCGAUCCAGAACAGGUAGCAUUGGCAGGCGAAGGCAAUGUGUUCUACCAAGAGAGCUGCGCGGCAGGGGGGCGCACCACCGUGAGCAACCCCUGCAGCAGGGGCAGUAGGGCAGCAACCCCUAUGCCGAGAAAGCCAAUCGACGCAAUGACGAAUCCUGCCGUCCCUCAAGGAUAUUUGAAGUACUGGGCUCUACGUGUUGGCCAAGAAGCAGCGCAUAUCCCUGAGAGCGAGGAGUUUGAAUUGGCAUAUGCAAAGAAAGCUCAGAGCCUUUUUCCAUUCCGUUCGACGACAACCGAGUGGACAGUCAACACUGCAGGAGGGUUUCUGGUGCUGCUCAUGCCAUGGGGGCCGGUGAUGAUGGUUUUCGGUUUAUGUUUCGGAGGUCUCCUUGGCUUUGGAUUGGCAAUGGCUAAUGACAUGUGCCGUCUGAGGAAGAAAACAUCUGCGGCAACGCAGCAAAAGAAGAAGAUCGACCACUUGAUGCGCUGGGCAGGAUACCACUUCGCGAGCAGCAACGCACAGCUGCAGCUCAUCUUUAAAGUCAUCAUGGAAUACGAGGUCCUGGCUCGUUUGGGGGAUAUAUCUAAGACCGCUCGUGCGCAGCUGCGACUUUUAUAUUCGUUCUUGAGCCGCGAUGAUGUGGGACAUUGUCUUUGGCUUUACCUCGACUACUUUGAGGCGCACUGCGACCACAUGACGAGAAGCGAAAUCUUUAUGUGUGCUCUCGUCUGCUACGUCUGCACCCAGUGCGCUGGAACGUUAAGGAAGAGGAACCUUCAUCCGGUGGUUUCGCGGAUGAUCCGCAUGAUGAACGACGCGGAAAUUCAAAAAAUAUUUCAAAAGUCAAAGAGCCCGAACCCUCGCCAGGCGAAACAGGACGAAGAAACGGAGCGUUGCCUCUUCUAUGCCGACAACAGCCAAGGCGUGCAGACGUUUGUUAUGAAGGGAGGAGACCUCCUGCAGUCUCUGCAUAAUAAUGACGGCACAGCGGGGAGGCACGCCGACUCGUCAGAAGGCGGAUCCUUCACUGAUGCAUUUUCCGGCAGCAAUUUUGAAUCUGAUGUUUCAAAUGGAGGCGAAGAAAAACAGGAACUUGUGCAGGAAACACUGGCGGGCGAGUUGCGCCCAGUAGAGAAUUUCAAUGUGGCGUUGACUUACGGGGUGUCACUGGAGCGUGCGUUGGGGUGUACACUGGAGGGAACGAACUCUUCUGCUACGGCUUCUCUUUCUAAGCAGCUUCCUGCUCCCUCGCCUGCUCCAACUGCAGUGAAAACACACCGCCGCAAAACCUCCUCCGUCGUCAGCAACACGAGAAGCACAUCUAGGGUCUCCCGCCAGCCCACACAAACGCAGAUACAGGCGCCCACGCAAACACAAACGCACGGAGAAACAACACACGCAGAAGAAAAGCAUAAAGGUUAG